AUGGAAAGGGGGAAAAUUCCACUGAAGAGAAGUUUCCUUAUUGNCUAUGUCGAUGAUUACAAAGUAGUGAGAGGUGUUAUCUCUGCAGCUAGUAAUGGUUCCAGUUCCAGAGAUGCUAAAGUUGAGGUUCUUGAACUGAAAACCAAUACCUGGAGAAGGAUUCAGUAUCCACACUCGAGUAUCAACAUUGAUGGACGAGGAAUUCUUUUAAACGGCACUCUGCAUUGGCUAGGGACUCGAAAAAGUGAUUCAGUUGGCUUCAGAAAGGAUGGAAAGUUAUUGCUGGAUUUUGAUGGAAGGGAAUUAGCCGUGCUCAACACCGAAGAAGAAACAUUAAGAAAAUUCAUAAUUCAUGAUGAUUGGGAUUGGUUUAAAGCAGGCAUAUAUGAAGAGAGCCUAGUUUCACCUAAUGUUAUUGUUGAUUAUGAAGCACUCUGGUUAAACCAAUCAGAGGAUGCAAAUGGAAAGGGGGAAAAUUCCACUGAAGAGGUAAGGGAAACUAACUAUCAUAAUUGUAGCAGGCCAGGUCAUAUGCAAUACAACUUAGCAUAAAAAGUUAUUACCAGGAACAGACUGUCAGAAAACAGGCAAUGUUGUACGCCGAUUAGUCUACACUUUGUACCUCAG